ACAACAGACCCUGCAAAGUGUGGUGCGUGUUUUCACCGGUUUCCAAACUUCGACCGCUACCAAACUUACCUCAAGCAUCAUGACCACCUACUUCAACUACCCGUCGAAGGAGCUGCAGGAGGAGCUUUCCCGCAUCGCCAAGCAGAUUGUUGCCCCCGGUAAGGGAAUUUUGGCCGCCGAUGAAUCCACCGCCACCUGUGGCAAGCGUUUCUCGGAUAUCGGAGUUGAGAACAACGAGGACAACCGCCGCCAGUACCGUCAGCUGCUGUUCACCGCCGACGAGCGCCUGCAGGAGCACAUCUCCGGUGUGAUCCUGUUCCACGAGACCCUGUACCAGAAGGGUGAUGAUGGCACCUCUCUGGCCAAGCUGCUGGCUAGCAAGGGCAUUCUGGCUGGCAUCAAGGUCGACAAGGGCGUCGUCGACCUGAUGGGCUCGGAAGGCGAAUGCACCACCCAGGGUCUGGACGAUCUCGCUGCUCGUUGCGCGCAGUACAAGAAGGAUGGUUGCGACUUCGCCAAGUGGCGUUGUGUGCUGAAGAUCGGCAAGAACACCCCGAGCUACCAGGCCAUCUUGGAGAACGCCAACGUGCUGGCUCGCUACGCAUCCAUCUGCCAGUCGCAGCGUAUCGUCCCGAUUGUUGAGCCGGAGAUCCUCCCCGACGGUGAUCACGAUCUGGACCGUUGCCAGAAGGUCACGGAGACCGUGCUGGCUGCCGUGUACAAGGCCCUGAACGACCAUCACGUCUACCUGGAGGGUACGCUGCUGAAGCCAAACAUGGUCACCGCCGGUCAGAGCUGCGCCAAGAAACCGACGGCGCAGGAGAUCGCUCUGGCUACCGUGACGGCGCUUCGUCGCACUGUGCCGUCGGCCGUGCCCGGUGUCACCUUCCUGUCCGGUGGUCAGUCCGAGGAGGAAGCCUCCGUUAACCUGAGCGCCAUCAACCAGGUGCCGCUGCUGAGACCGUGGGCUCUGACCUUCUCGUACGGUCGUGCCCUGCAGGCCUCGGUGCUGCGCGCCUGGGGUGGCAAGAAGGAGAACGUCAAGGCCGCUCAGGAGGAGCUCAUCAAGCGCGCCAAGGCGAACGGAUUGGCUUGCCAGGCAAAGUAUGUCCCCGGUUCGAUUCCCUCGUACGCCGCAAACGCUAGCUUGUUCGUGAAGUCCCACGCCUACUAGGAGGAUGGUGGCUGCGUUCGCCUGCUGACGACCCUGGCGUCCUCUGGGCCUUCGCAAUGUACUGGCCGGCCCGGAAGCAGAUGCAGGUCCCCGCCAUGAGAGCACGCCCGUUCUCCCAUCGAAAGGACCUUCCUUUUGCCAGGACGAUAGCAGUGGAGCGCAAACUCCAGCAGCAGCAGCGCAACCUCAGGAUAAGCUAGCUUAUUACGAUCCACAUUUCACGAAGGAGAGAGAACGAGGGACUUCGAUAUAAGACACAACCGCAGGACACGUUUUUGUCUCUAGAUAGAUCGCGUACUUCCAAUCGUACUUCCCAUUUUACAGCAUGUUGCGAAAAACACGAAACAAACAGACACGCACACGCGCACAACUGUUAUAUGUAUUUAGAGCCAUUUUCUUUUGUUUUAACUCACCUCAGAUGGGUUUUUUUAUUACGAUUCUCGUUUCGUCGUUAUAUUAAUAGAGUUGUUUUUUUAAUUCGUUCCUCGUACAUAGUAUAUAACCAGCGUUUUGUUCCUAAUCUCUGCGUCAAUUAACUCCCGUACCACUUACUCAGUAUGUGCAAUGUUUUUUUUUCUUGAUCAGAAGCGCAGUUGGGUUGGGUGAAAUUGAAUCGAUUACACUAAGAAGUGGGUCGGUUUGUAAGUGCCUUGCUAUCCUCCCAACCCAACUGGGCGCGCUCACGCCCCAAAACCCGACGGCGACGUGGUGCUGUGUGUGACGAUUGGCAAGAGAAUCAUAAAUUGGUCACAAUAACAAAAAAAACGAGAGAAUUCGAACACAAACAAAAACAGAAAAAAAAAUCCAACGAUCCACCCGGAUCACACAGCAGGGUGUAGACCGCCGAAGGAGCGCCACGAAUGUCGGGGUUAGCGUGUAGCAAGGAUGAAAGUAAAAGUGUACGAGCAAUAAAUUCGUUUGCCGAUGGAUGCCCAAAAUUAUUUGCUUGCGUUGCAUGUACUUUUUUUUA